AGACCGGAUUAUCAUUUACUCUACAGUUUCUGUGCCGUGACAAUCGCUUUGAGUCUUUGUGAGUGGAAUAGUUGAUAUGAGUGACUACUUGACGACCAACUCCAUGGAGAGCUUCGAGUCCAUCCAGAACGCCCUCGACGAGAAGAUCCAGAAAUUCGAGACUUGGCCCCUGAACGAGUCUUGGUCGCCGUCCACAUCGUCUACACAGAGCUCUCCACAUUCUGUGUCCAGCAGCCCUCAGCAGAUGCCUGAGCCACAGAUUCCGCCGGCCACGAAGACCGAGGUCGUGCUGCCGCCGAUCCUCAAUGAUCCUGUGGUGCGCCAGUCGGCCACCGUGCAGCCCAUGGCGCGCCAGACGACUCCCACGGCCGCCACCACGUUCCGCGACAACGUGCGCAAGCGCUCCAGGACGCAGUUCAGCGCCCUUCAGCUGGUGACGCUGGAGAAAUCCUUCAACCAGAGUGUGUACAUCUCUCGCGCCACGCGCAGCACGCUAGCGCGCGAGCUGAGCCUCACGGAGAAGCAGAUCAAGAUCUGGUUCCAGAACCGGCGCAUGAAGGAGAACAAGGUGUUCAAGGGGAAGGUGACGGCCGGCCCCAAGGCAUCCAAUCGGAUCGCCGCCACCGCCGUGAAGAAUCUGCAGCGCCUGGCGGAGAAGCAGAACGACCAGAACAUCGUGUCUAGGCUCAUGUCGCAGCGCCAGGCUGUGAUCGCUCAGGGCUACCCAGCGUCCGCGUUCGCAUCCGGCGAGGAAGUGCACCACUAUCAGCCGCCGCCGCCCUCGUACGCCGCGCCGCCACCCUACCCCGCCGGGUCGCAGAUGUACCAGCCGCCGCCUUUCUACCAUCAGGAUAACUUCUACGAACCCGCCUUCCGGCCAGACUUCAGCGACAUGAUCUACAAUCCCGCUGAGCAGUAUUCGAUGCCGAACGACAACUUCUCCACGCUCAACUGGGGCAACAUCCUCGCCGCCUGAGCGCGCCCCCGCUUGCUACCUGAUCAAGUGGUACAAUUCAUCGCUUCUGCAUUCUCCCCAAUAAGUCAUACACUGAGAGAUUAAAUGCUGUUCUAUGCC